CAAAACAAAAUCACUCUCACACACACACACACACUCUCAAACAAACCUUUGUUGUUUCAGAGAGAGAGAGAGAGAAAGGAAGUAGAAAGAGAAAGAGAAAGAGAGAUCUGGGGAACUGACAAUCCUAUCUUUCAUCACCCCCUCCAUUUUUUCUAACCUUUUGCUGUUACAUCUUCAUCUCACAAACACACACACACACAUAUAUAUAUAUAUAUAAUUCUCCUCUAUAUAUAUUUAUAUGUGUUGGCUAAUGAAUCUUGGAAUUCUUAUGUCAAGUUCUCUUCAAACCAACUGAAUUUUGCAUAAUUCUUCCACUUCAGAUCGAAUUCCAUAUGUGGUGGAAUCAAGGAGUUGCAAUAGAGAAUUACGUGGUGAAUGCGCCUCAUAAAAAUUGAGGCGCAAAAAAGAAAAAAAAAAAAAAAACUCAAUCACGAGAUUUUGAUGGUUAGAUCUGACCAUAUCCGUCACGUUUCAUCAUCAUCAUCAUCGUAAUAAAUCUAAAUACAAUUUACAAAAGGAAACUCAACUUAAUUGUUGCCUAAUUUGAUUAUUGGAUUGGUUUUGGAUCAAAUUCUUUACAAAAUUACUAAUAUGGAGCUUUCUCAACCUCGUCCGGCCUUUGGAACAACCACCACUCAAGGUAGGAAACCAACGCAUGACUUUCUUUCACUUUAUUCACCUGCUCACCAAGAUCCAUCUUCUGUUACUACUACUGCUUCUCCCUCUGGUGGCUAUCUUGAAACACAUGACUUUUUGCAACCACUUGAACGUGUCGAAAACAAUGUCGCUAGAGAAGGAACUAAAAUCGAGGAACCAACGAUAGGGAAGUCGCUCCCACCAGCUGCACCAACUGCAGUCGAACACAUUCUACCAGGCGGGAUCGGGACUUAUAGUAUUAGUCACAUUUCUUGUAUUAAUCAAACACAAAGGUUGCCAAAGCCUGAAGGGGUGUUGAACACGGGUGCACAUUCAAGUGGUAGUGAUAAAAACGACGAAAAUUCAAAUUGCAGCUCUUACACUGGAAGUGGUUUCUCACUUUGGGAAGAGUCUGCAGUUAAGGGAAAGACAGGGAAGGAGAAUAUUGCAGGAAAUCGGCAUACGAUUAGAGAAGGGGGCAUGAAGAUAGGAGGAGUUCCAUGGAUGGCAUCCAUGGAGAGGCCAUCACAGUCGUCAUCAGCCCAUAACCAUCCAUCCGCAACCAUCAGUUCUCGUUCCUCUUCUCGUCCAUCAGCCCAGAAGAAUCCAAGUUUUGUUGAUAUGUUAAAGUCUGCAAAAAUUACUCAAGACGACGAGGAUGAUGAAGAAGAAGUGUUUGCUAUCAAGAAAGAACCAUCCUCGCACUACAAAGGUGUUUUGUCUGUUAAAGUAGACACAGCACACCAUGAUCAAAAGCCCAAUACCCCACGUUCAAAGCAUUCUGCUACCGAGCAACGUAGAAGAAGCAAAAUUAAUGACAGAUUUUCAACGUUGAGAGAACUCAUUCCUCAUGGUGAUCAAAAGAGAGAUAAAGCAUCAUUUUUACUAGAGGUUAUUGAAUACAUUCAGUUUCUACAAGAGAAAGUGCACAAGUAUGAGGAUUCAUGUCGUGGAUGGAACAACGAACAACCUAAAGUGGUCCCAUGGAACAACAGCCAAAGACUAACAGAAGGAUUUGUUGAUCAACCGCAAGUCCAAAACCGUGUGUCUGGACCAACAUUGAUCAAUAAGGGUUGUGCUGCAUUAAACGUUCCCAAAAAGGGGCAAAACCUAUUAGAUUCUGACUUGAGUUCCCAUGAAAGCACAAAGGAUAUUGGUCAACACCCUCAGUUGACCAAUAAAGGAUCACCUUUCCCUUCACCGUUGCAGCCGAACAUAUAUUCUCCUGGUUGUGGAAGCACCAGCAUCGCUGCACCACUUCCUUCAACUAUGCCAUCUGAUACAGAUAAUGCAGCAGCAGCCCAGUUAUUGCAGAGUAGGUCAUGUACAACCGACUGCACUGUUGCUGGUGACAAGUUGAAUGAUCAGGAACUAACAAUUGAAAGUGGAACAAUUAGUAUCUCAGCCAUCUACUCUCAAGGGUUAUUAACUACGUUAACCCAAGCACUACAAAGCUCUGGUGUGGACUUAUCACAAGCUCAAAUCUCAGUACAAAUUGAACUGGGAAAAAGAGCGAACGCUAGUGCUCAUAACUUUUCAACACCUAUGCUUAAGAAACCUGAAGUUCCUCCCAUUGAGGAAACGUUGGGACGUUCUAGACUUUCCAGUACACGGGAGGAGAACGACAAGUCGCUGAAGAGGUUUAAGACAAGCCAAAACUAAAACUAAAAGAUUACUAGGACAACUUUAAUUGGAUAUUUGGUAUGAACUCUACUCAUUUUUUUUCUUUUCUUGAGGAAGGUCUUCUUUUAGUCUAUGGAGGAUUGUUCCUGUUUUUGUUGUGUUGAAGAUAACGUUGUACAUGGGGGAAUUGGGCGGGUUGCACAGAAUAUUCUGACAAAAAAAUGUAUUGAUAUUGUUUAUUAUUCAUUGAUAUCUCUAUAGAGAGGCUUCCAGUUCAAUUGUUAGAUUUUGAGAAGCCAGAUUUAUACUAUUGUAGAAAAUUGAGUCUCUAGUUAUUUAUUCAAUUACACCAUUUGUUA